AUGGCUUCUCCACCACCUCCGUCACCACCACCGCCUCCUUACCAUAACAACAAAUCCACCAAACUCGACUACUACUACUUCGUCGUCGGCCUCUCACUCGUCGCCAUCGUACUCCUCGUCACCAAUGCCAUCGCCGUUGGCUGCUGCUCUUGGCUUCGCCAAUUCAUUGUAUCACGCGGCGCAUUCAGCCGCGAAUUCAAUGAAGACGAUUUGCGGCGAUGGAUGCCGACGUAUAGUUAUAUGAAGAGAAAAGAUGAUGAGGAGGAGGGCGCACCGGAGGCGGAAUGCCCAGUUUGUAUUUCCGCAUUUGAGGAGGGAGAGCAAGUGCGGCAGAUGGCGCAGUGUGGACAUUCUUUUCACACAAAUUGUAUUGACAUGUGGCUUAAUUCACAUAAUAGUUGUCCUGUUUGUCGUGAGAGUGUUCUCCCCACACCUUUGCAAUCAAUGGAGAUGUCGGCCUCGUCAUUUACCUCACAGGAUUAUCUUGUUUCUGUCUCGACGGUUAGUAGGGCGGCGAUACCCAUUGCUUUGGCUUGA